AUGGCACUGGGUGUGCUUGGUAACCCAAUUGCCUCCGAAAUCCGCCAAGACCUCUCCCCUUGCGCUACAGUCCGCUGCGCGGCCAACACGACAUGCGAAGUUAUUAACGGCAACCAGGCCAAGUGUGUUCUUGACAAGGGGGAGAUAUGCGGCAUAACUGUUUGCGCGGCGGAUCUCGUCUGCUGCAACCCGUCUUGCGGUAUCUGCACGAGGCCGAACAUGGCGUGCACGCAACAAGUCUGCGAAGUCCCCCCACAAAAGCAAUGCGGCACAAAACUGUGCCCAACAGGCCAGGUUUGCUGCAACUCGAGCUGCGGGAUUUGCACCCCCCCUGGUGGAUUCUGCACACAGCAAUUCUGCGGUUGA